AUGGUAGUCUCAGCAUCGUCGUCGACGCUCACGCAGCAUUUCUUUGCUGCUCACGAGCACCGGCAGCUCGGCCAGACCGCCGCCUCCUCCGGUCCAUCUUCAACCGCAUUUCGCGACCUUCCUGACGAGGAGUACUCCGCAGACUUCUCUCCCGAGGCCUUCACCAAGCGAAUCAUGCAUGGAGUCGCCCCGACCCAGACUCCCCUUCUACCACCCACACCGUGUGUUCCCGACCGACCAUUAGACACAAACAAGGGCUAUCCUCUCCAGACCACCUGUUUUGGCGACAUUGACUGGUUCGCCGUCGCAGAUCAGCAGCGCCAGGAACUGAAAGUGCCUGACGUCCCAGAAGGCCCCUCUCGCGCCAAACAACAGUCACUUAUCGCAGUCGACGUCAGAAGUGUCGCCUGGGCCAAGUCGGCUCCCAGACGGUCACCAUCUCCGACUGACCCCAAGAAGCCUGCCUCUGUGCGCACAAUCAUCAACUCGCUCGUCCAGACAGAUAUCGACGGCGAUGACUCAAUGUUCUGGUACAAGUCUACCACCCGCUUUGCUUCUCCCGAUGACGAAUGGGACUACGAACGCCUCAGACGUCGCAUCCGCGAAUACACCACGAAAUCCGACUCCUACCAAACCUCCGCAUCUUCGGUCUCCGGUCGACUUUACUCAGUGUCCAGACCCCCGCCCCCUGAAUCCGGCCUUGGUCCUGCGGCUCGCGUCAACGAAACAGUCCGCCAGACCGCCGUUCGCAGACUGAAGGCUGUUCUCGCCCAUCUCACCGCGACGGAUGCGGAAACCGCUGAGGAGCUCUAUCGUCAAGGGUUCACUCCCGAAGACCUCGCAAACAUGGACGGGAGUGACAUUGACCUCACCAAGCUUCGCCUGGCUAUCGAUGAACUCAGCGAGCCCAUGGGCCCAAAGACUUCAUAG